AUGACUCAAGUCGCUCGAUAUACAUCGGGUUUCGACGGACAGUUCCAGUCUAACUGGAACGGCAAAGGUCUUGACAUCUCAAAUGCCGCGUUUCUUCGCACUCCAUACGGCUCAAGACCCGAGCAACAAAGUGACAAUGGAGUGGUGUAUUACUAUGCCACCACACCUGUAACCGCUCUAGGAGCCAAAAUCAAAAUCAAUCGGACGGGCAACUCCGAGGUAAUUCUCGAGAGUCCCGAGGCGGACAAUCCCGCAGUCAAUUCAGAGGCCAAUCCCGAGGCCAAUACCGAGGCCAAUUCAGAGGUCAAAAUCAAGGCCAAAAUCAAAGUCAAUCUCGGGGCCAAUCUCGUCAAGGCCAAUUUUGUCGAGGUCAAAACCGAGACCAACAAAGCCAAAACCAACAAAAUCAGCCCAGAGGUCAGCCCCGAGGUAAUUCUCGAGGCCCGCCCAGAGGCCAAAACCAAAACCGAUACCAAAAUUUGCGGCAUCACCCACUCGAUCGUCAACAUGGUGGUCCAAAUCAUGAACGCAUCGAAGGAAAUCGUGGAGGCCGCAUUACACGCAACCGAGUAA